GUGUUUUUUAAUCUAAAAUAUUGCUUUUUAUUUCGAUUAUAAUUCUAAAAUAUAUGCAUAAAUGAUUAUUAAAUGAAUACUGUAAUUAAAAAACUGACGUGUAGAAACAAUUGAUCACCUGAUGCGUUUUAUUUAAAUUAUCGGUCAUAUUAUUAAAACUAUUAUUUUAUUAAAAAUAAAUAAUCUAGAUAUAAAAUGCGAACUUACACAAGAAAGCGUUCUGAGUAUCAGCUUAUCGAGGGUGUUCAUGAAAUGUGCAGAUUGUGCCUGGAAAAAGUGAAAGAAACUGUUCCUAUCUUUACAGAAACUGAUAAUGUUUGUGCUUCUCUUACAAUGAGAAUCAUGAUGUGUGUUGGAUUACAGAUUACCCGUGAGGACUGCCUGCCUGACAUGAUUUGUACUGAGUGCCAUAAAGAGUUAAACAACUACUAUGAAUUUAAAAAGAGAUGUGUCCUCACGUACCAAAAGUUAAAGUCUCAUCUCUUAGCUGUAAAACAAUCGGGAACAAAAAAAGAUACUGAUUUGAAAGUAAAACAAGAACAGAAAGAAACACAAAGCUUAUCAUAUAGAUUAGGGAGCGACAAUGUGGAACCAGCAUUAGAUGUAAAGGAGACACAACACCUGGAAGUAAAUAUAGAUCUCAAUGGUUUGUCCUGUGUAUCGAAUGAACAUAUUGAGAAACCUUCAACAGAACUGAGUACAAGUAACGAGAUACCUGAAAAUCAAGAUGUUUCUGAAUUUCUCUCUUCUAUCCUUUCGGAACUUGGUAUUUUAACAAGAGAUGGUGACCAAGCUUUGAUGAUGCAUCAAAAUUUGAAAUUAAUAGAAAUAGAAACAGGAGAUGAUACAAAAAUGAUUUUAGAGCUUUUGGAAAUUGAUGAGGGGCAACAAAAUAGUAUUAAAAAUGAAGCUAGUAAUAAUCAAAUAAAUAUUCAAUCAACAAUUAAAUAUAUUGAGCCUCUCAAUAUUGACAAGAAUGUGAUACAGCCAAAGGACGAGCGCGCGCGCUGUCCGCAGUGCGGGAAGCGCUUCGCCACGCGCGGCGCGCUGCGCAGGCACGCGCGCGUGCACUCCGGGGAGCGGCCCUACGUCUGCACCGUCUGCGCGCGCGCCUUCGCGCAGAGGGAGGUGCUGCGCCGCCACGAGCUCGUGCACGGAGAGGAGAAGCCGUUCAAGUGCGCGCAGUGCGGGAAGGGCUUCACGCAGCGCGGCGCGCUGACGUCGCACGCGCGCGCGCACGCGGCGCCCGACGCGCGCGCGCUGGCGCUGCACCGCUGCUCGCGCUGCCCCAAGGUGUUCCUGCACGCCUCCGGGCUGAGCCGGCACACGAUGAUGCACAACGGGCGCGUGUACGCGUGCGGCGCGUGCGAGCGGCGCUUCAGCGACAAGAGCUCGCUGCUGCGCCACCUGCGCGCCAAGCACGCCGGCGCCGCGCCGCCCUAGCGCGCAGACGUGGCGGCCCGGGUGCGUUCGACGCGGCUGCGGAUUGCGGCUAUCUGUUUUUUUAGAUUCGUAUCAUUAUUUUCUGUCAUAAAGGAGGGCGACGCAUACAGACUGAGCUCUCAACCUGUCCAUUAGAAAUGAGUUGCCGGAUAUUUAAAAACGGCUUCAAUGUAGAGGUGCCAAUACUAUCAUAUCUUUAUGAGAAUGCUUUUUAAAAAAGUUAUAGAAAACAUGUUAUUUGAGAGAAAAAUGUCAAACAGUCUAAUGAUAUGAAGACUGGUUAACCAUCCACGUUCCGCAGCAAGUCUUGCUGGCCGUAUACAGGAUCAUUUUUAAAUGUGUAAGCAAAAUGAAAUUUAGUAUGAAAUUUAAUAUUGACAAUUAUGGUAUCCCUUUUCGUGCGUUGUACGUGGAAUAUUUUUUUUUGUGGAAUAAUUGUGUCUAUGGAAAAUGCAAAAGGAAUAACUUUAAGGGCACAAUUGCUAAUAUUGAACUAAAAUUGAAAUUUUGAAUUUAAUACGACUUUGCGUUUUUUGUGUUUAUAACAAAUGUUUGUUUAAAAACUAAUGCUUUUAAAAUCUAGUCAGUGUCAUGCAUUUUAGCUUUAUAAAGCACCUUUUUAAGAUUUCUCGCAAAACUUUCCUACGGAGACUCCGUGGGAAAGUUCUUAAAUUAUUUAUAAAUUCGAGUUUCGGUUUUAGUUCUCUCCAUUAAAUAUAUUCACACUUAAAAAUAACCCCUGUAUACGUCCUUCAGAAUAAAUAUUGUGCAUCGGCAGACAUCGAAAAAGAUCACAAUGAACGUUACCAAAUCGAUUAACAAAAGUAAUUUGGUGCUAAAAAAGUCAAUCAUUAAUGAAAUGUUAACUUUAUCUCAUUCUAAGUGUCAAUGGCGUUUCUAACAACAGCAAUAGUUACAAGCAGUGCGAGAGGGACGGAAAAUAAAUAAGGCAUUUACGAUUAAGAAUAUGUUUUUAUAUGUAGAAUCAUACACAGCAGUAUAAUCUCAUUAAGUUUCGUUUCUCAAAAUAAUAUUUAUUUGCUUCUUUGGAAUCUAAUUACGAAAAAAAUCGCCAUGACGA